UGUUGCUAUGACUACCAGGAUCUUCUCCAAACCAAUGAGAGACCUUCACUUCUGUCGACCCAAAACAAGUGCAUCAAGAGGGGGGUCGGCAUGCCUCAUUAUUGAUCCGUGUUUUCAUCUCUUAAAUCGAGAAAGCGGGUCUGUUCAAUCUGAAUAUUGAGACUGGCGGCCAUAGCAACGCCGUUCGUGCUUGUUGUUGUUGCGCAGCUGAGCGAGAGAAGUGGCGCGAGAAUGGAUUCAUGUUUUUGAUGUAUACACACGUGUACUAUUUCGCUUCGCGGGACAAUAAUGUAUUGGGACAUUUAAAAGUCUUCGGGAUAGCAUAACAUAUAUGAGAAACCGGCUGCGGUCUGGGACUUUAACCCUGAAUCGCAGCGGAUCCUCUGGGCUGAACACAGAAGUGUGGACGUUUGCUGAUUGCAGCUCGGACCCAGCGCUUGCCUUCAGUCCUAAUGCCUGGACUGUGUGACAUCAAGACACCACGAGACACAGAGAUCUUCAACAUGAACACAGAAUGUGCCACUGCGCUUUUCACAGACAGUGGAGGAUAUAUCCGCAAAAGCGCCUCGCUUUCACUCACUCUAACCCCCAUGAAGAGAAUCCAGAGCUCACCAAACCUGUACACACUCGCAGACUCUGAAUCACAGCAAAAAGAUUCAGAUUUGUGGAAGUCCAGCAGCACCGGUGAUGGUCUGAGAAACGGUGACCUGUGCUCAUCCUCUCUUGCAGCUAAAGGCUACAGGAGCGUCCGACUCAACUUUCAGGAUAAAAAGUCUCCCACGCCGGCACAAGAGCAUUAUGACCAUUCUCUCAGACUGAUGUCCACAGAGGACCAAACCUUGCGCUCUUCACAAGCACAGCAGAUCUACCUGCGCUCUCCGUCUAGGCACCCGGGGCUACACGUAGCUUCCCUCACCACGCGCAUUAACCCCAGGCCUCAGGUAUCAGGACGGCACGCACAGGCACUGUCUUUAAGACCCCCCACCCCUCCUAAAAGGAUGAAACUCCUGCCUGAGGUGCCAGUCUUUCUCAAACAAAACUGUUCUGGAACAUCUCAGUCACUUACUUAUCGGCCUCAAGUCUCCCCUGAUUUCAUCAGCUGCACAGUUCCUGACCUUCAACUCAAGACCCCCCCUUCAGGCACUCCCUCGCCGGGCUCAGAGCUUCUGCUGGGGCAGAGUCGCUGCUCUUCCCGCGCUCAGAGCGAAGCAUCCACCGCGGUGCAGGAACUGGGAGGUUCUCGUACCCCCUCUCCAACUUUCAGCCCGAUGAGUGCUGCCACAGAAAACAUGAGGCUUUACUCACCUGCAACUGGCAACUUUAAUAGCCAGAUGACUGUGAACGGUGGUCUGAGUGUACCAGAAAGUCCUCAUAGUCACCUCCAUAGACCCUUUUCCCCCUCGACAUACCCCCCUCCUCCCUCACUGAGCCCCAGCAUUACAGCAAUGCAGCAAACCCGAAGCACUGCCUCUGAAUCCAGCACACCGAUCUACACCAACGUGGAACCCACUUUCCCUGCUCGAGCUCCACAGACUGACAGAAAAGCAACAACGGGGAAAGCUCCGAUCUUUUCUGGAAUCGGUCCUGUGGAUGAAUCCGGGAUCCCAGUUGCAAUACGAACGACUGUUGACAGGCCAAAAGACUGGUACAAGACCAUGUUUAAACAGAUUCAUGUGGUGCCUAAACCAGAGAGUUUUGCUGAGUUGUGUGGGUCCCGUAAUGCCACUGAUCCUGUUACAAAUACUGAUAAACAUGGCCCAUCCAAUCCAGUUCAGGCUCAUCCUGCACCUAAAACCAGCACCUACCGGCCCAUCACCCAGAGCGUCUCUGAUAACUGCAUAUACGCUUUCAGAACGCCUGUGGGCUCUCCUCUGCCAACUUUAACAUCAACACAGCACAGAGCCAAAGACAGGGACACACACAGGGGCAGAAGCACACCUGACAUGAAUGACUGGGAGCCUCCGGAUAGAAAGGUGGACACGCGGAAAUACAGAGCGGAGCCUAGGAGUAUCUUUGACUAUGAGCCUGGGAAGUCUUCUGUUUUAGAGCAGGAGAGAGUGACGAGUAACUUAAAACCAGAGGACUUAGAUUUAGAGAAUGAGCCGUGGUAUAAGUUCUUUGCUGAGCUGGAGUUUGGGCGGCCGCCUCCGAAAAAACGUCUCGAUUACAACCCAGAGAGCUCUCCUCAAACCCCACCAGAGACCUCUAUUUAUCAGCCAUCCAAAGAAAGGAGCCUUGAAAGGCCGAUAAGCUCUGCAAGUGAUAACAAGAGACGACGGCAAUCUGAACCUGUAUCCUCUCAGCCCAGGACCCAGAGUAAUGUGGGCUCAACACAGAGUUCUGUCAGACCCCCAGAGCCGUCCAGGAGCAGCAGUACCCAGAGGACCCCCCUCACCAGCCCCAGCUCCCCCGCCUCCACCAGAAGUAAAGGUGGGGAUGUAAGCAAUAUGCACUCAGCACAUAUAAACUGUCAAAGUGCAAACUGUGCUACCUCAGAAUCCACAUAUCAAAACAAACAGCAAAAUGAAAAUUUCACAGCUAUACCAAUCGCGGAGGGCUUCUCAAGCCUUCCGGAUGGUUGGCAAACAGUCCACGAAAACUGGAUAAGCACUGAGGAGGCAUCUCCCAAACUUAAAUCCUGGAGCUGUGAUGAUCUCCUGUCUGAAGGUCAAGGGAGAGAAAAAGUACAGACACGUUCAGAGAGCACGCGGUCACUUUUGCAUAACGGGGAACUGGAGGAAUUUAGUGACACCAGGGAGCCUGAAGAACGUAGAGAGAGGACCAGGCACCGCUCGGCCCAUGAUGCACCAGGCUUCCUCAAACUCUACAAGAAGAUGCAUCACAUAAACCGGAAAGAGCUGAUCAACUCCACCGUGAUCUGUUCAGUCAAAUCCAGGAUCCAUAAGUAUGAAAGCGAACAACGUAGGGAUAGAUGCGUUGGCUCUAACGACUGCAACGAGGAGGUGCCUAGGGACAUGGUGCACAACCGGAUUUCUCAAUUUGAGAGUCUGAUCCAGAAAUCCAAAUCCAUGCCAAAUCUUGGCGGUGAGUGCCUGACCACGUGUUCUUCCAAAAGAACCUACAGUCCCAAGCGUAGCAUCUCAAUUGAGUCAUUACUGGAUGAAGACCCACCCGCCAGGAACCCCCCCGAAGGGCGACCUCAAUACCCCAAGAUAAACAAUCACGUGCCAAUCCACAUCGAAGUGACCAGUGACCACUUAAAAAAAUCCUCCAUGCAUCACGACUGUUCGGAUAGCGAACAGGAUGCCGUCAUGUCCGACCUCAACGACUUCAUACAUAUAGAAGGCUCGUCUUAUUGCAGCGAAAGGGACUUUGAUCUCUGUUCAUUCGCCUCCUCCGAGAGCUUCUGUGGAUCAGGGCACCAUCAUCAUUAUCAACGGCAGCUCGUAAGCUCCUGCAAGGGUCGCUGCCCGGCGUCUUACACGCGCUUCACCACCAUGAUUAAGCACGAGAGGGCCAAGCAAAACCGAAGGCAACAGUUGCGACUGGAAGAAUCCGAGUUCGGACUCAGCAAACUUGCCUUCCUGGUCAGCCCAGUGCCUUUCCGCCGGAAGAACCUGUCACCUUUUUCCCAACUCCCGAAAUAUAGGAGCUGCAUGCACGAGGCUUUAGAUUCAGCCUUGAAAGACAUCUACGACCACAUACGUGCUGAGAAGCGCAGGGGCAGCCUGGCGGAUAACAGCAUCCUCCAUAGGUUGCUGGCGGAGUUGCUUCCCGACAUUCCUGAACGGAAUUCCUCCCUCUACGUUCUGGGUAGAAUCAGCCCUACGGAUCGCUCAUACCACCCACAGCCAGACGGCAUGCCCAAUCAGUGCAUCCACACACCCGAGUGUUCGUGGCUGUCCCAUAGUGCCUCUCACAACCCUACAGACCGCAACAACAACCGGAGGAACCACAACUCUGAAUACUGCUAUGAAGACCAGGACACAUAUCGAGGAUUUUGUUAUCCUGAUGUGGGCAGCCACAUACCACAAAGGAGGAGACAGACCCCUGACAUCAGAGAGAAACUGCCAGCAAGAGCAACAUAUGACUUCAAAGCACAGACAGCCAAAGAGCUGACGUUUAAGAAAGGGGAGACUGUGUACAUCACCCGGCAAGUAGAUAAUAACUGGUAUGAAGGAGAGUACCGUGGACAUGUGGGCAUCUUUCCCAUCUCAUAUGUGGAGAAAAUCUCUCCUUCAGAGAGACAUCAGCCAGCGAGACCCCCUCCUCCAGCCCAGAGCAAAGAAAUCGGAGAAGCAGUCGCUCGCUACAACUUCAAUGCUGACACCAAUGUGGAGCUUUCAUUAAGAAAAGGUGAGCGUGUCAUUCUCUUGCGUCAAGUGGAUCAGAACUGGUAUGAGGGCAAGAUCCUGGGUACAAACAAACAAGGGAUUUUUCCAGUGUCUUAUGUGGAUGUUACUAAGAAGUCUUCAGUACAAAGUACCGGUCAACCUCCUGGGCCCAGUAUACCCACCAGCUACCCCAGUGACAGACUGCACAGUAGGCUAUCAUCUGCACGUACCCUCUACAGCCCUCCAUCCCCAACUCUCCGUCCGCUUUCAUCAUCCUCACCCAGCCCACAGAGAGCAGCGCACCUUCAGGCCAUCACCAGCGAGUGGCUGGCCCUCACUCUGGGUCUGUCUCCUUCAGGAACUCCUGCCCCCACACCUCCUCCCUUCCCUUCCAACUUCCAGCUUGAUUUUGAAGGGCUGGAUUCUACCAUUUCCCCCUCUCCUGCAUCGUCCAUGCUGGGCCGCUCUCCAGCCCUCACCCCCCGCAACUCCACUCCUUCACUCAAAGAGGGCCACUUCAUUCCCAUCUCCUCCCCAAAGUCCUACACGUCUCCUGAUCCCAGCCCAUCACCUCAACCUUACCUCACUUCUGCCUCCUUCACUCCUUCCCCCACCUCAUCCACGUUCGACUCCAGCCCCAGGUCUAGCAGUGUCAUAGAGAUUCUCCCCAUCCAAAAAUCAGAUUUAACUCUGAAAGAACUGCAGCUCUCGGAUAGCAAAGAGCACCACGAAUCAGGCAAAACAGAUUCUCCUAAACUGUGCAGUCCUGUUGACUUGGCUGUUUUUGAGGAGCACGUGUCUCACAAAGACACCCUGUUUCCAAAAGACGCUGAGGAUGACCUGUGCGAGGAGUUAGUGUCCAUCAUUAAAGCCAGCCAGUCAAAGGGGGCGUUUGUAGAAGAGGAGGGAUUUUAUCACCAGGAACCAGAAAUAACAGAAAAGUUACCUAAACUGUUUAUAGAGGAGGACACAAAUGAUGACAACAGCCAGUCCCUGACAUCAAAUACGUUUACUCCAGUAUUACCUGACCACAUUGAGUGGUCAGAUUUUGAGAUGUCGUUGCCGUAUAUACUCCCCACAUCAGCUAAAUACUCUCCCCCCUCCCCACGUUCCACCCCACCAUUGCCUGGGGUGUCACAGUCUCCCCCUCCCUCUGCAAAACUGUCCUCUCGACAGGAUUUUCGCUCCCAAAAGGUCAAGCCUGUGUUAAGGCGUGAUGUUGCGGUUGUCGGUAAGCCCCCUCGUAGCCCCGUGAUGUCUAGGAGGUCCUGCGGAUCGCCUGUUAGAGGUCAAAACUUUUCAUCAUCUCAUAGGUCCCAAAGACAAGCAUAUGUUCAUGAUCCUCUUCAAGGUGUAGGAGAACCAUUUCAAGCCCUGUAUACCUAUACACCACGAAAUGAGGAUGAGCUGGAACUCAAGGAUGGAGAUAUUGUUGACGUCAUGGAGAAGUGCGAUGACGGAUGGUUUGUGGGGACAUCCAGAAGAACCAAGUUUUUUGGAACCUUUCCUGGAAACUAUGUGAACCGCCUCUGAAUUGACCCAGCUAUCACAAAUCUGUGAUGGACAGACAUCUACAAAAGAGUGAUGGAGAAUGACACCUGUGGCUAACUGCUGGAUUUAGGACGAUUUAUUCCAGUCAUCAACCCGAUGGACUAAUGGAAGAAGCAGAAGCCAGUGACAUUUAAAGGGGUUAUGGCACCAUGUUACUUGUUUCCAGUGUGCGAAUGAUUCAAAUCUGGAAGUAUUAUGUUAAAAAAGGAAUUUCAUUAAUGGCUUUAAAAUGUUUGGUUGCCUACAUGUUUAACAUUAGCUGAAAAAAACGGUAUGUUUACCUUUUAUAAAAGCUGAUGAAUUUUAAAAUGAUCAAUCAAGUGCCCUAUUUAUCAUUUAUUUAUUGAGGCGUUUUUGUUUCAUUGGAAGAGUAAAAUACAGUAGGUGAGGAAUGUUCUUCUGCUGCCCCGAUGUAUGUUCUCAUCUAGAUUGAACAGUAUUGCAAUGUCAUGUUUGUGCCAGACACACUGGACGUUACAGGUAUGUUCCCACUAACAUGUAUCUUUCAGUAUGUGAUCUCAUGGGUGGAGAAUGGCCUCCCAUUUUCUAGGGCUCUACUUUCUUCCUCCAGACAUUCCUUUGAGCAUUUGAAGGAUUUUACAGAUCAGAAAAAUAUUUUUGUAUUUUCAAUCAAAAUCAGUUUUAAGAAUGCAGUUUCCCAAACAAAAGGCAAUUUGCAAAAGUAGGUGCGUUAACUUUCAAAUUCAAUCUUUUUGAGUCUCUACUGCCUUUAAAUAAUUUUGUGUUGGGUGACCUUGCACAUCACUCUUGGUUUACAGUCUGUAAUCUGUUUAUGGCCAAUGAGAGGAGCAUGAGUACAUUUUGUAUGUCAGAUAUUCAGACCGGUUCUAAUUAAGGAAAUGAAAUACUUAAAUCUAUUUUGUUUAUCUUAUCAUUCAGCAAACUUUUUCAUUAUGAUAUACUUAAUAUAUUUUUCCAUGUUUUUGUUCAUAUAACGACUAUGCUUUGCCUACGUUUCAUCACUUGUACAUUUUAAAAUAUGCAGCAUUGCAAACUUCAUCACGAUUUAUUUGGGUCCGUACAAGAACUGUAAACGUGUCAGGCAAUAGAAACACGAACCAACAAUCGAUGUAUUUUAGGCAAUAUUAGGCAGUUGCUGUGUUGUCCGUAUGCUUAAAUGUGCAUCUUGCGCAUGUUGUUUCAUAAAGAACUGAUCAUGUGUGAAACUUUCAGCCGGCCACAUUCAUUCUUCGACAAUGCUGUGAUGUGUGUGGGCUGGUCAUACACGAAAACAUUCAUUAACAUCUGGCUUUAACCUGCAUCCUUAACCAUUGAUUUCUAAAGUGGUUUUGUGUUAAAGCAUCCCGGUCUUCCAUUCUAAGCACUAGGUGAUUAGAAAAGAGUUUGAGGACUGUUCCUGGUGCAUCAUUUUACCAAAUAUUGUGUGUACAGUGUCAUGGUUUAAUCAUUUUAACACGACGUGUCAGGAAAUUAAUGUUUAUAAUAUACCUACUUAAAAUUAUUGAGGAUAGUGCACCCAAAAAUAAAAACUGUUCACUCGCUCUUAUAUUGGUUAUGUUUAUGUAUUACAUUUGGCACACACAUCAUGGCAUCAAGGUAUACAAACUAUUGUUACUGUGUACAUUCACUGGGAAUUGAACCCAAUCACAUAAUUUAUACAGAAAUGCAAUUCCACUGAAUGACAAUAUGCAUAACAUCUACACUGUACCACAUAAUGUUAAACACUGACAUCCUUAAAGAAAGAGUAAUUCAUUAUGUGAGUUUGUAAAGUAAAUGACUUUUCAUUUUGGGGAGAAUGAAUCCUUUUAAGGGUGUAAAGUGCUAAAAGUGUUUAAUGGUUCCUGGAUGGAUUGAAACUGAUAAUUGCUGUAAUAAAAGUACAGCGGUCAGUACUUCAGUGAUGCAAUACUCUGUCUGCAAAGCAUACCAAGCUCUUCCUGGAGAGACGACAAAGCCCUAAACCAUUGCCUCUCGUUAUAUUCAACAAUAACAGGUAAAGGCAAGCAUAUGAUCAAUGAUUUUUUAAAUCGUUGCCUUGUCUCUCUGUGUGGAGUACUGCAUAAAUAAAUUCUGU